AUGGCCAAGGGACUGCGCUCCAGCGCCAAGCUGGCCCACCGCAACGCCAAGCGGCGCGAUGAAAAGUCCGACUACCGCGUCAUCGAGGCGGCGCGGAUGAACGCCAUCACCAGCCGGCUCCAGGCCGGGCUGGCCAAGCCCAAGAUGGAGGUGUACUCGGUCGCCGACAUCGAGGCUGCCGCCGCGAAAAAGGCGGCCGGCGCAGACGAGACGGCGGCGGCGACGGCGGAUGGAGAGAUGCAGAUCGACGAGACCGCACAAGCACCCAAGAAGAUUAGCACGUCGGGACCAAGAGAAAACGCACGGUCGCGCUGGAAGAAGGCGCGGGCGCCCAAGGGCGGCAAGUCCAAGAAGGGCGGCAAGAGGUGA